AUGUUCGGUGCGAAGAUGUUAAGAAAGAUGCUCCAUUCACGUGCGAUGAGGCGAGCCCCACAGCUCCUACGUCGUCUAUUUGCUGCCGCUGCUGCAUUACUGGUCCCCUCCGCCUUCUUCUGGGCAACUUCUUCGAAGAACGAAGGCCCCGCCGCUGUGCACACGUCCACCAAGCAGGAAGUAGUUACUAAGAAUGGCAAGAAGAUACUCAGGACUACGACAACCACAGAGCACGCCGAUGGCACAACGUCCACGCAGUCGAAGGAAGAGUUGAUUAGAUGA